UCUCUGCUCGGCUACCCAGGACGAUAGCAAACACAACUCUUGCCCAUUAAUGAUGGAUAACAACCCAGAGGAAUGUUCAGCGUGUUUUAACAAUUAUGACGACAAUCAGCUACGGCCUCGCACACUGCCUUGCGGACACACAUUCUGCUCCCGGUGUAUUAACAAUGGUAUCAAGAAUGGUCAGCUGUCCUGCCCCAGCUGCCAUGCCCAGCAUGCUGCCACAGCUGCUACUCGGUUUCCAAUUAAUUAUGCUGUGGAGGCCCUUAUCAGAAAACUAAAAGGUAUCGAGGUUGUACCAGAGAAAACGUUAUCAGCAAAACCCAUUAAAGCUCCUGCAAGAGGAAUCAGCAAGAAGUUACGCUCCCUGGUGCAGGAGCAGAAGAGCAUCAUCAGCAUCCUCAUUACUAGCUGUGAAGAGGUACUGUCCCAGCUGUGGGAGUACCGGGGGCAGCUGGGGGACUGGAAGACUCACCACCUGCAGCUCCAGGACAGACUCUAUGCUCUGGUAGAGCAGAACAAAUCAGCAAUGAAGCUCUUGGAACUGGAGGAUACCAGUGUGGUGGAUAUGACAACACAAGGAAAGGAAGGGAAGACUCAGCUGCAGGCCAUGUUGGGGAGCCUCAACACAGUCAACACAGCACAGGAAGUAUUCAUGACCAUCAAUGAAGUUGACCAAGGCAACAUGGAGGUAGAAAAUUGGCUCAGGAAGUGCCAGGAACUCUUCCCAAAUGUCAAGACUGUCCACACCUCAGUGAAGGUGCAGGAGACCAUCAGGGAGGCCCUGGAGAUGAUGACCACAGAGACAGGUGCCACAGUUGACCCCAUACACCUGGGAGACUCAGCCUCCAGCAUCAUGAAUAAAGUUCAGGAAAUCACUGGAGAGAUCCCCCCAAAAGCAAUUAACAGUUGAGGACCUCCGCAGGAUGAGGGAGCCCGUCAAGAGGCUGGUGGAGGCUGGCCGGGUGUU